AUGGAUCCCAUCAAAUAUAUCUUCGAGAAAUCAGCUCUUACUGGAAGAAUCACCCAUUGGCAAAUGUUGUUAUUUGAAUACGACAUCCAAUACGUUACUCAUAAGGCGAUAAAGGAAAGUGUGUUGUCAGAGUAUCUUGCCCACCAACCAGUGGAAGAUUAUCAUCCCAUACAAUUUGAUUUCCCGGAUAAAGACAUUAUGGUUCUACAUGACGAAAAGGUCACAAGUGACGACAAAAAACUUGAAUCAAAAACUCAAUGGAAGCUUGUAUUUGAUGGUGCAUCAAAUGCCAUGGGGCAUGUAAAUGGGGUUAUCUUGAUCUUUCUAGAGAAUAGAUACACUCCCUUCACAGCAAGACUAUGCUUCAAUUGCAUGAACAAUAUGGCAGAAUACAAAGCAUGUAUCAUGGGUAUUGAAGCUACUAUAAACCUAAGGAUCAAGGUCCUAAAGUUAUAUGGAGACUUGGAUUUAUUCAUCUAUCAAGUAAAAAGAGAAUGGGAAACUCGUGACCAUAAGUUGAUCUUGUAUCAUGAUCGAGUCACCGAAUUGACAGAGGAUUUACAAGAAAUCAUCUUCCACCAUAUUCCUUGA